UGGGAAACUCACUUCAUCUAUAAGUAUAAAAAGCCAUGGAUACAAGCUUUACUUAGGGUUUGUUUCAAUCUCUCUCUCUUCCUCUUAUAAUCUUUUGAAGGAGAGAAGAGUUAAGUGGAGAAUGAAGAAACGUCAAGUGGUGGUUAAGAAGAGUAGUUCUAAUAUUAGAUCAUCAAGUGUGAGGGUUCGUUAUGGAGAGUGCCAGAAGAAUCAUGCGGCUAACAUCGGUGGGUACGCGGUAGAUGGGUGCAGGGAGUUCAUGGCAGGUGGAGAAGAAGGUACGGCGGCUGCCGUCGCGUGUGCCGCCUGUGGCUGCCACCGUAGUUUCCACAGGAGAGAAGUGAAUGAAGUUGUAUAUGAGGGUUCAUCAACAUCUGAUGCCUAGGGUGCAUGUAAGUGGUCAAAAAAGAGGGCCUGCUGCUGGGGACUGUUCAAUUGAACACAAAUUAAACACUCACACAUGUAUGAAUAUCUUAUAUAUAUCUUUUCUAUAGAUUUUCAAAAACUGCUUAAUUGUAUUGAAUAUUGAUUGCUGUUUUUGUACAAAACUAAUUACUUUAUCCUCUAUCCAAAUUAUACAAUGAUUCUAAAGUACUGCCAAA